CCGAGGAGCAGUUCUGUGCUCAAAAUAAAAUCCACUGCAUAACGAAUAAGAACUAUCAUGUGGACCUUUUGCCGGUUGUCCCUGUUCUUGGUAGCGGUGUUGUGGACGACGAGCCCCCAUGUACAAGCUUUUCAAACCUCCGAUCCAUGGUCGAGAUUCCGACACGGAAACUCGUUGGCGUUUCCUCCGCGUUCGUCUCCAAAAGUGAAGCUGCACGAGGCUUCGAACAACAUCGAUGCUUCGAAUCCCAAUUCCUUCACUGAGUCUGUUAACUCGUACACGGAUACGAAUCCCACUCGCGUAUCUUCUGCGGAUGCCAGGCUUUUCGAAACUCGCGAGGCCUUCGCAGUCGCAGCGACUGACUCACGGAAAGGAGCUCGUUGGGGUCGUCUCGACAUCGAUCACGCAAGUCCCAGUCUCGCCAUGAGUGUGGCUGCGGGAAAUACCUUAUUGCCGAGAAAUCCAGGGAACCAAGCUCGAAAGACUCAGAAAACCAAAGCAAUCACGGCGACCGACUCACGGAAAGGGGCUCGUUGGGGACGUCUCGACAUCGAUCACGCAAGUCCCAGUCUCGCCAUGAGUGUGGCUGCGGGAGCAACCCCAAAGACAACUAGUGCCGUAGUUGGAGUGCCGUCAAGAGUCCGUGGAGCUGGAGCGUCCAGUGCGUCGUCGGCGUACGAAAAUUUGGCGCGGGAAUGGUCGCAGAUGAACAAAGGCAGAGACAGCGAAGUCCCACCAAGUGUGUCGCCUACAAGUGCCUCGAGCAAGGAAGCCGUAUUCGCAGGAAAUGAUUCUCGGAACAGAGCUCGCUGGGGGCGUCUAGAUAUUGACCACGCAAGUCCAAGUCUCACCAUGAGUGUGGCUGCAGGAGGCACCUCCAUACAGAAAACUGAUGUGAACCGAGCUCCAAAAACUCAGAAAAGCAAAACAGUCAAAGCGUCAGACUCCGGGAGAGGAACUCGUUGGGGUCGUCUUGACAUUGAUCAUGCAAGUCCAAGCCUCACCAUGAGUGUGGCCGCCGGAAACACGUUAUUGAAGAAAAAUCCUGCGGACCAAGUUCUAAAGACUCAGAAGAACAAAACAGUCAAAGCGACAGACCCACGGAAAGGGGCUCGAUGGGGUCGGCUCGACAUUGAUCAUGCGAGUCCAAGUCUCGCCAUGAGUGAGGCUGCCGGAAACCUGUUGUUAAAUAAAAAUCCUGCGGAUCAAGCUCUAAAGACUCAGAAAACCAAUUCAAUCACAGCGACAGACUCACGGAAGUUAGCUCGAUGGGGUCGGCUCGACAUUGAUCACGCAAGUCCAAGUCUCGCCAUGAGUGUGGCUGCAGGAUGCACCACUAUGAUCAAUUUACCGUCAAACGCACGGGCAGCUAUCAGAUCGACUACCAAUGACAAGUCACAACAGCUACUCCCAUCAAUUCCUGGUCGUAAUGCGUCUUCUUCUUACGGCAACCUAGCCGAGGAGUGGUCGCAGAUGAACAAGAGCCGAGACAGUGAAGUCGCGGCUCCGUCGCUACCUCCUCCGCGAUCGCAAUCGGUAGCUGGGGAUACUGUGUCACAGGGAAAGGUGACUAGUCCUGCUCCUAGUGCGUCUUCUUCUUACGGCAACCUUGCUGAGGAGUGGUCGCAGAUGAACAAGAGCCGAGACAGUGAAGUCGCGGCUCCGUCGCUACCUCCUCCGCGAUCGCAAUCGGUAGCUGGGGAUACUGUGUCACAGGGAAAGGUGACUAGUCCUGCUCCUAGUGCGUCUUCUUCUUACGGCAACCUUGCUGAGGAGUGGUCGCAGAUGAACAAGAGCCGAGACAGUGAAGUCGCGGCUCCGUCGCUACCUCCUCCGCGAUCGCAAUCGGUAGCUGGGGAUACUGUGUCACAGGGAAAGGUGACUAGUCCUGCUCCUAGUGCGUCUUCUUCUUACGGCAACCUUGCUGAGGAGUGGUCGCAGAUGAACAAGAGCCGAGACAGUGAGGCAAUGGCUUCGUAG